AUGGCUUUGGCCCGGCUGUUCAGGCCAACCGUUUCAGGACGCAAUUCUUUAAGGCUCGAAGGGCCCUGGUCGCACGCGAGGCUGAAGGCCUCGGCCACGGAGCCAGCGCUCCGGAAGCAAAAGUCGAUGAAGGCCUUAUCGGGAGGCAGGGAUGUCGGAAUCCACACGAUUUUUUUGACUUCGAAGACGAAGGCAUGUCACCCAUCUUGGCGCCCUGGACGGAAACGAUGCGGCAACAGCGCUUGCAGGAGGAGUGGCUCAAGAGCGCGGAAAAGGCAGCCUUCAAGAUCCAAGCAAAAGCCCGACUCUUCCUCAGGCAAGGCACGCACCAUGCUGCCACUUGUAUUCAGAGAGCCUUCCGCCGGAAGAUGGAGAGCCACGAGCUGGAGGAGCACGAGGAGCCGGAGCUGGAGGAGCGGAGAGUGGGAUCACAACGAGCAGCUCGCAGACGCUGGGCCACAGGCCAGCGAGAAAGGAGACGUCGCAGCCGGAGGAUGCAAGGAUGCACCUGAUGUGUCCAGUCCAAGGGUCGCUCCACGAGGUUCGAUCUUCCAACUGGACUUCGACGCAGAUACUCCCAAGUUAUCCGACCUCAAGAAGGCCUUGAGCCGGGCCUCUCGCAUCUCACGGAGAUCGACGCACGUCUCGAAGGUGGAGCAGGAGCUUCACGAGGCACUGGAGAGCCGCUCACGCUCGCAGUCGCGGGAGCUGCCCGAACUCCCACGGCCUAUGGUGGUGCCAGUGGACCUCAUCGAGAAGCACAAACUCCUCAUGAGCAUGGAGGUCUUAGAUCCUUGGCCCCCGGCAGCUCCGGGCCAUAGCGAGCUGCAGCGAGUGCGGAGGAAAUGGGAAGGCCUCCAUCGGAAGCCGCGUGGAUCCACCACGGAGGUCUUGGCUCUUGUGGAGGCUACGGCAGCGGACCUGCGACCGCUGCGGUUGCCGCUGCUCCCCGCGUCCCCGAAGGGGCCUUUGGUCUUCUCGGCCAGGCUUAGUGGUGCUCACCCAGAGAAAGAUCGGGACUGGGCGAUGGUGCGCCGGCCGUUGGAGGAGGGCGAGGUGGACGCUUGGAGCGAACGAAGGCCGAGCCACAGCGGACGAGAUCGCAUCCGCUUCCGCACCUGUUCCAAGCGAAUUCCCUGA